CAAAACCCCAAAAAAGAAUGUAUCACUUUUUAGCCUCGGUGGUAGCAAGACUGGAGCCUUGUUUCGCGAGAAGAGAUUGGGUUUUAAUAUGUAGUACGGGGCUCGCUUCUUUUCUCUGUAAAAAAGCAGAUAUAGAUUUUGAACAAUACGAAAACAGGCAAACUGAGGACAAAGCAGAUAUUGAUUCUCACAUCAAUCUGUUGUUCGAGAAGAGAUUUGAGCCUCGUAUCCAUCCCACGGAGGAGGUCGUUAAGACCCAAGGUUUAAGAGAUCUUUUUAAAGAUCUUGUGACUAAUGCAGAAAUAUGUGAGGAUGGACUUUCUAAGAUUCUGCUACGCUACGGGGUGAAUAAAUUCACCCCACAUUCUGGUGACGUGUUUGAUCCAAACAAACACAAGCUUGCUUUCUUUGUUCCUGAUCCAAAUAGGGAACCCGGACUAGUAGCAGUAGUGAAGCGGGAUGGAUACAUUUAUGGGGAUGAGGUUAUCAGGCAGGCUGAGGUAGGCGUAACGCGUGGAGUUGCGACGCGGAGGAGCCGACGACCAUCUCCCAUCCCGUCACAGUGACCAGUCCGGGCCUUUUUUUCUUAGCUACCUCUACUACUGGUCUGCUACUACCAUGUCUACCAUUUUGUUAUAUUUUUUGGAUUUUAUUUAAUGGUUUAUUCGUAUUCUGUGAGAAGAAACAGAUCUGCUACUUCAUGACUAGCGACUUCAGCAGCUCUAGUACUAUAUUUUGGAUUUUGCUGCUGCUACUAUAUUUUGGUACUUGUUGGAUAUUAUUUGAUGGCUAGUUGGGUUGGUUUGGGUUUCUUUAUGAAGAAAAAGAGGCAGCUGUGUUUUCUUCAAUUAUCAACCUCCGGUAUUGUCACAAUAACAAUUGAUGGU